CAAAGGCUGUUUUUAAGCAGCACAAACAGAGCAGACUCAGAUGAUAUCUUUAAUUUUCAAACCCAACUACAACAACAUACAGAGUACAACAUUUGGAUUUGGACUAGGACUAAAGCAGAGUCACCCUUCUAAUCUCCUCCUCCUACUCUCUUCUUCCAAGUUUCUUCAGCGCACUACCCAAAUGGCUCGUUCUUCACUGGAUGAGAUGUCAGAAUCUGGUGCCUUUCUAAGAACUCCUUCAACAUUCCGUAAUUUUAUUUCACGAGACCCAAAUUCUACUUUCCCAGCAGAAGCCGGAAGAUAUCAUCUGUAUAUAUCGUAUGCUUGUCCCUGGGCAUGCCGAUGCCUUGCAUACUUGAAUAUCAAAGGUCUUGACAAAGCCAUCAGAUUCACAUGUGUGAAACCCAAAUGGGAGAGGACAAAAGAUACUGAUGAGCACAUCGGAUGGGUCUUUCCUGCCUCGGAGACGGAGGAACCAGGAGCUGAACCUGACCAUUUGAAUGGAGCAAAAAGUAUAAGAGAACUAUAUGAGCUUGCUAGUACAAACUAUUCUGGAAAAUAUACAGUUCCUGUUCUUUGGGAUAAGAAACUCAAAACAAUUGUGAGUAACGAGAGUGCAGAGAUAAUCCGCAUGUUUAAUACUGAAUUCAAUGAUAUAGCAGAGAAUGCAGCUUUGGACCUUUAUCCUCCUCACUUGCAAGCCCAGAUCAAUGAGAUUAACGACUGGAUUUAUGACGGGAUAAAUAAUGGUGUUUAUAAAUGUGGAUUUGCUAAGAAGCAAGGGCCCUAUGAAGAGGCUAUGAAGAAAUUGUAUGAGGCUUUGGACAAAUGUGAGGAGAUACUAGGCAAGCAGCGGUACUUAUGUGGGAACACAGUUUCUGAAGCUGAUAUAAGGUUGUUUGUCACCCUUAUAAGAUUUGAUGAGGUUUAUGUGGUUCACUUCAAGUGUAACAAGAAACUGAUUCGCGAGUUCCCAAACCUUUUCAAUUACAUUAAAGACAUAUAUCAAAUUCCCGGCAUGAGUAGCUCGGUCCACAUGGAACACAUCAAGCGGCAUUAUUAUGGAAGCCAUCCUUCCAUCAACCCCUUCGGGAUCAUCCCUCUUGGCUCGAACAUUGAUUACUCUGCUCCUCAUGACAGAGAAAGGUUUUCCAAUUAGAAUGAUGUGUCUCAAAAUUCUAAGCUGAAAUGUUUGUUGUUUGGUUUGUAUGUUUUUUUUAUCUGUCUAUGUGACGUCCUGUGAGAGACUCUUCCUUUUGACUUAAAACUUAUCCAUAAAGGGGAGGAUAUAUAGGUG